AUGGGUGCCGGAGAAAGCAGCAUGGCUCUCGAAAAACAUCUUUUCGAUUUGAAAUUCGCUGCUAAGCAAUUAGAGAAGAAUGCUCAAAGGUGCGAAAAAGAAGAAAAAGUCGAGAAGGAUAAGUUGACUGCAGCAAUCAAGAAAGGAAAUAAAGAAGUCGCACAAGUGCAUGCCGAAAAUGCCAUCAGAAAGAAGAAUGAAGCUGUCAACUACAUCAAAAUGGCUGCCAGAAUCGAUGCCGUUGCUGCAAGAGUUCAGACAGCGGCAACUCAGAAACGAGUCACCGCCAGUAUGAGUGGAGUUGUGAAAGCAAUGGAAAGUGCAAUGAAGAGCAUGAAUCUGGAGAAAGUACAACAGUUGAUGGAUCGUUUCGAGAGAGAUUUCGAGGAUCUCGAUGUUACAACAAAAACAAUGGAGAAAACGAUGGAUGGAACUACAGUUCUCAAUGCUCCAAAAUCACAAGUGGACGCGCUCAUAGCAGAGGCUGCCGACAAGGCCGGAAUCGAGUUGAACCAAGAAUUGCCAUCAAACGUGCCAACUGCUCUACCAACCGGAACACAAGCUGUCUCAGAAGACAAAGAUUUAACGGAACGACUCGCAGCUCUCCGAAAUAUGUGA